AUGCUCUUCCUUCUUGCCUUGUCCUCAUCGUCCUUUGAAGCACGCGCCGUCUCUCAAUGCACCGAUAUCAAUGAUUGUCGUCGCCUUUUCGAUAUUGUCUGGGGUUGCAUUGUAACAAUAUUCGCCUGUGUGUGGGUUUCUGUCCACCCGAAUGUGCCCCCUCCGGGGCCAGUUCGACCAAAGCGGAAUGCAAGGCUAUGGAGCUGGCUGAAAUGGUACCUCUUGGACAUCGGCGGCCCGUUCAAGCGGCGUCUGAAGCUGAUGGUUGCAGCGCUUGUUGCGCCAGAGGUCAUUGUGGGGUUUGCAGUCCGGCAGCUCUGGAUGGCGCGCUUCUUUGCGCAAGGCACGUCAAUCGAUUGCUUUCCCACUUGCCACAAAUUAAGCAGCGCUUAUUUCAGUGUACGACGUUUCGCUCACACAUGGCUUUUUCAUCGGCAUGGGUGGAUUACCCCGGACGCAGACAUCCUUGCGGCGAUACAAGCUGUCCCGGAAUCCACUUUGGCCGACAAGAGCAAAGGCGACAUGUUCUCGAAAGGCAUCGCGCUCUGCCAGGGCCUCUGGUUUGUCGCGCAAUGCAUUGCACGAGGCAACCAACAUCUUCCACUCUCCGAGCUCGAGAUUGCCACUCUGGCGUUUGCCAUUAUAAACGCGUUCACGUGGCUGUUGUGGUGGGGGAAGCCGCUUGAUGUCCGCGAUCCCGUGAUCAUCGACCCCCGACGAAGACACCGUCAGGCAGCUUCAGCGCGACCGCCCAAGCCCAAGAUAUCGCGGCUCAAUCGACUCGGCAUGAUGCUGAUCGGAGUCUACGAGGAAUCGGAAUUCGCGCCGACAUCAGCCGGCACCACCGCCGUCCCGACAUUCUGGUGCACCGCCAGAGCGGACAUCCCCGAGCGGUACCAGCGGAUAUGCAUGGCCAGCGAAUUCUUCUGCGCUGCAGUCUUUGGCGCGAUCCAUUUCAUUGCGUGGUCAAAUGCGUUUCCCACGACCGGAGAAAAGUGGCUCUGGCGCGUGUCCACGCUCGUGAUCACCGUGCUCCCUGUCAUCCUUCUGGUGGUUAGUUUCCUCGAUGCGACACUCUCCGUAGUUGAACACGUCCCGCACUGGUAUGGAAUAGUAUUUAUGGCCAUCGGCGGGGUGCUAUAUCCUGCAGGCCGAUUGGUCCUCCUUGUCUUACCUUUCACCACACUCCGAACCCUUCCACUCAAGACUUUCAUGGACGUGGCCUGGAGCGUUUAUUUCCCACAUCUAUAG